ACAAAUGCUACCAUCAUCCGAUACUAACAAACCAAACAAUACUUGUUACGAAAUUGCAGGUGUUGGCUUUGCUGUUGCCCCCAAGACAGAUUGCCCACACUUUGACUCUGAAGAGCACUUUGCUGUCCCAUGGAAUGAUAGAAAGGCCAUCAAGGAACUCUUCACAAAGGAUGCUCCGUGUAGACAUUGCCACUCCACAGCAGAGAAUUGGUUCUGUCUCAAGUGCCAAGAUGUUUGUUGCUCUCGUUACCAGAAGAGCCACAUGUUGCAUCACUAUGAAAAGACUGGUCAUGCUUUGGUGUUGAGUUUAGCCGAUCAUUCAUUGUAUUGCUAUGAAUGUGAUGCCUAUGUAGAGAACAAGACUUUAACAAGAUUGCUCUUGAGAGAGUUACAUCAUGUAAAGUUUGGAGAAUAUCCAGGUGCUAAUGGAGCCUCAGUAGAGAUGGAAGAAGCCAUUGAAAAGUUGAGAAAUGUCUCUGAAGCCAUUGAAGAGGAGAAGAAGAAGGUUGAUUCGGAGAAGGAAAAAGCCUUUGAAAUUCUAGCUGAAAAGAUUCAAAGUGCCUCUGAUGAAUCAAUUAUUGUAUUGACUGGAGCUGGAUUGUCCACUAGUGCUGGAAUUCCUGAUUUUAGAACUCCUGGAACUGGAUUGUAUGAUAAUUUACAAAAGUAUAAUUUGCCUCAUCCAACAGCCAUUUUCGAGUUGAAAUAUCUUCCAACUAAUCCUCAUCCAUUCUUCCAUUUGAGUAGAGAUUUCAUUUCUUCUGGAUAUAAACCAACUAAAGCUCACUACUUUAUCAAAUUGUUGGAAGAAAAGAACAAGUUGAAGAGAUUAUAUACUCAAAAUAUUGAUGGUUUGGAAGCCAAGUCAGGAAUUACAAAGGAGCACUUGGUAAAUUGUCACGGAAUGUACGAUAUUGGUCACUGUAUUGAAUGUUCAAAGGAAUAUUCAUUGUCUGAAAUUGUAAAAAAGAUGGGAACUGAUGAAGAAGUCCAAAUUCCAAAGUGUGACAAGUGUGGACAUAUUGUCAAACCAGAUAUUGUCUUGUUCGGAGAGUCAUUACCUAACAAAUACGUAGAUUGUUGCAAAUCAGAUUUGCUUCGUUCCAAGGAUUGUGAAGUCUUCAUUGUCAUUGGUACUUCCUUGUCAGUCUAUCCUGUUGCUGGUUUACCAGAAUAUGCUCCAGAAGGAUCAACACGUGCUCUUCUUAAUCGUGAAAAAUGUGGACCUUUCAGUAAGGUGAAAGGAAAUGUUGCUGAAGUUGGAGAUGAUUCAGAUUAUUUGGAUUUGUUCCUUGGUGGAGAGGAUUCAUCCAUUGAUGAAUGUGUUGAAAAAUUAUGUAAAUUAUUAGGAUGGGAAGCUGAAUUGGAGGAAUUAUAUGUUAAAGGACCAGUCGAUCUCGUAGAAUUGAGUAAGAAAUAAAUGCAACAAUUAACUUCAUCUCUCUACUUCUUCAUGUACUGAAAAGGUUGGAAUAACAACAAAGAAAAAUACAUAGAGAAGGGCAGAGAGAAACAAUUGCAUUUAUCAGAGAAUCCCAUAAAUACAAGAAUUGACUUCCUUUG